AUGGAGGCUACUGAAGUUCACCAAACUACCGUUUCGGCUGAUGAGCCCAUGACCGAUGCCUACGUGGACACCAUCGGCGAGCAGGAGCCCAUGGAUGCCACCCCAAAGACGGAGGAAGAGUACGCGCAGUCGAUGCUGACUCUGCGUGCUAUUGUCUCGUCCAAGGAAGCUGGUGUUAUCAUUGGCAAGGCUGGUAAGAACGUCGCAGACCUGCGCGACGAGACUGGCGUCAAGGCUGGUGUUAGCAAGGUCGUCCCCGGCGUCCACGACCGGGUCCUAACCGUGACCGGCCCUCUCCAAGGCACUGCUCGUGCCUACGCGAUCGUUGCGAAGGGUCUCCUCGAAGGUGCUCCGCAGAUGGGUAUGGGUGGCGUCGUCUCCAACAAUGGGACCCACCCCGUCCGACUCCUCAUCUCUCACAACCAGAUGGGCACCAUCAUCGGCCGUCAGGGCCUGAAGAUUAAGCACAUCCAGGAUGCAUCCGGUGUCCGCAUGGUCGCCCAGAAGGAAAUGCUUCCUCAGUCUACCGAGCGGAUUGUUGAGGUGCAGGGCACCCCCGAGGGUAUUGAGAAGGCUGUUUGGGAGAUUGGAAAGUGCCUGAUCGAUGACUGGCAGCGUGGCACGGGCACCGUUCUCUACAACCCCGCCGUUCGUGCAUCUCUGGGCGGUUCUCAGCCCGUUCAGCAGAACAACAACUCCGCCAGCACUGGCAAUGGUUACACCAGCCGCCAGUACAACCGCACUGGUAACGGAGCUGACUUCAGUGACAAUGGUGGCUACAGCCGCCGUUCCAACUCCGACGCUGGUACCGGUGGUGGUUCUCGCGGCUACCCCCUGGUUACCGAAGACGGCGAUGAAAUUCAGACUCAAAACAUCAGCAUUCCCGCCGACAUGGUUGGCUGCAUCAUUGGCCGCGCUGGCAGCAAGAUCACCGAGAUCCGCCGGAGCUCUGGAGCCCGCAUCUCGAUCGCUAAGGCCCCUCACGACGAGACUGGCGAGCGCAUGUUCACGAUCAUGGGUAGUGCCUCCGCCAACGAGAAGGCCUUGUACCUUCUCUAUGAGAACCUCGAAGCCGAGAAGACUCGCCGCAGCCAGCUGCCCCAGGAGUAA